AUGUCGUCUUCUCCGCCAGUGCCAUCGUCGCCCGAUGUGUCCAUGCACGACACAGCCGACACAAAUCAUGCUAGAGUGGGGCCUGCUUCAAGUCCUGCACAUGUUCCUUCAUCUCCACUUUUCUUACCACAGUCGUCAUCUCCUUCUCAUGACUCUACACAGGUCCCAACUCAGAGACCCCCACGCUCCUCGCAUCCAUCGUCUGAUAUCUUGAGAUCAAGUGAUCGUAAUUCAAGGCUAAGGUACCAUGGUCGUGGUGAUUUGGACUCCUCAGAUAUGUUUUCUUCCCCAAUGAGAAGGAGGUACUUCAACGAACCCUUACAAAGUGAUUCGUCAACUCAUGGCGGUGCAGGAAACGAUGGUCGUCACACGGGUAUGAGUGGCGGCUCCUCACAACUCGGUCUGUCUUCUGAUAAUCCAGAUAUUGUUCCUUCAUUUUCUUCGUCGUCAUCGGCCACCUAUGCAUCUGCCACCAAUAAUAACAAUGGUGCUGAUGAGGAUGACGAUGACGAUGAUAACGAUGAUGGGCGCCAAGUGAGGGUCAUCUGGGGUACCCAUGUGUCUAUCGAGACUGUCACUGAUAGGUUCAGGAACUUUUUAAUGACUUUCAAAAUGAAUGACCGGUAUGCAUACGAUGGUAAUGAUGAAGUUGUUGACCCGACAGGUGAUCGUCCCUAUUAUAUUGAUAAACUUAACCAAUUGAAGGAAACUGGAUCAACAAACUUAAAUUUGGAUGUUCAAAAUCUGAUGUCGUUGUCGUCAACUCGAACAAUGGCUACCCAUUUGGUUUUAUACCCACAGGAAGUUAUACCUAUUAUGGAUCAAGUCAUUAAAGAUUGUUUGAUUUCUAUUAUUUUGGAUGACCCAGAAUACACUGAGACCCCUGAGAAUGUCGAGUUAGUGCAGGAAAUUGAGUCUAAAUUUUAUAAAGUCAGACCUUUCAAUAUUGGGAAUAAAAAGGGCAUGAGAGAAUUGAAUCCUCAGGAUAUUGAUAAAUUAGUAUCCAUAAAAGGUUUAGUCAUUCGCUCAACACCAAUAUUACCAGACAUGAAAAAUGCGUUUUUCAAAUGUAAUGUCUGUGAUCAUACUAUUGUCGUUGAAAACGAUAGAGGUAUAAUUCAAGAACCUAGAAAAUGUCCUAGACAACAAUGUAACUCAUCAAACUCAAUGCAACUGAUCCACAAUAGAUCUAUCUUUGCCAAUAAGCAAAUCAUCAAAUUACAAGAAACUCCCGACAUCGUUCCCGAUGGUCAAACUCCUCAUUCUGUUUCUCUAUGUGUAUAUGAUGAGUUGGUGGAUUCUUGCAGAGCCGGUGACAGGGUUGAAGUUUGUGGUAUUUUCAAAUCAUCUCCCGUUCGUGUUAAUCCGAGAAUGAGAGUCGUUAAAAGUCUAUUCAAAACAUACCUUGAUGUUGUGCAUAUCAAAAAAAUUGAUAAGCACAGAAUUGGAAUCGAUGUGUCGACCAUUGAAAAUGAAUUACGUGAGCAAGAACAAAUUGAUGAAAUCAGAAUAUUGAGCAAUGAAGAAGUGGAUAAAAUCAAAUCUGUUUCACAGAGAUCAGAUGUCUAUGAGUUACUGGCUAGAUCUUUAGCACCUUCGAUUUUCGAAAUGGAUGAUGUCAAAAAGGGUCUACUUUUACAAUUAUUUGGUGGUACCAAUAAAACGUUUAAGAAAGGAUCUAAAACUAGAGGAGACAUCAAUAUUUUACUAUGUGGUGACCCUUCAACUUCCAAAUCUCAGAUUCUUCAAUAUGUCCAUAAGAUUGCGCCUAGAGGUAUCUAUACAUCAGGUAAAGGUUCCUCUGCUGUUGGUUUAACGGCUUAUGUUACCAGGGAUAUUGAAACCAAACAGUUAGUUUUAGAAUCAGGUGCACUCGUUCUAUCUGAUGGUGGUGUUUGUUGCAUUGAUGAGUUUGACAAAAUGAGUGACCAAACAAGAUCUGUCUUACACGAAGUCAUGGAACAACAAACGAUUUCUAUUGCAAAGGCGGGUAUCAUUACAACAUUGAAUGCUAGGACUUCGAUUCUAGCAUCCGCCAAUCCGAUUGAAUCUAGAUACAAUCCUAAUUUACCUGUUACCAAAAACAUAGAUUUGCCACCACCACUAUUGUCUCGUUUUGAUUUAGUGUUUCUGAUCUUGGAUAAAGUUGAUAAGAAGCUUGACGAGCAACUUGCCAAGCAUAUUGCCAACAUGUAUUUAGAGGAUCAUAUAUCAAGCGCUACAAAUGAAGAAAUUCUACCUGUUGAAUUUUUGACUGGCUAUAUCCAGUAUGCAAAGGAAAACAUCCAUCCAAACUUAACUGAGGAGGCUAGAGAUGAAUUGGUUUCCUCAUAUGUCAACAUGCGUCGAGCUGGUGAAGACUCCCGUAAUGGUGGUACCGAUAGAAGAAUCACUGCAACCACACGACAGCUUGAAUCUUUAAUCAGACUAUCCGAAGCACAUGCCAAGAUAUAUCUGAGAAAUGAAGUCUUGGUGGAAGAUGUCGUUGAGGCAGUUAGGCUGAUGAAAUCUGCAAUCAAAGACUAUGCUACAGAUCCUUUAACGGGUAGGAUCGACAUGGAUUUGAUUCAAACCGGUAUUUCGGUUGAAGAUAGAAGACGUAAGGAGGAACUGGACAAAGAAAUUUUGCAAGUUUUGGAGGCAGCAGGUGAAAUAGGAUGGCCGCAAUUGGCUGAAGAAGUUGAAAAAUUAAGGGAUGGUCGCAGGGUGGAAAACCUUGAACUAGGCGAGUCCGUGAGAAGGUUGGAAGGCGACGGAAAAGUCAUUCUCUUUGGCCAGGGCUCUAGUAGAAGGGUGGCCUUAAAUAGAGGAGCCGUUUGA